UCUUCACUACGAGACCUACUAUCACUGUCACUCUGACUAGAGCUCCUCCGACCCACUGCAGUGAAGGAUUUCCUGUUCAGGUGUGAGAAACUUCGAUUGAUUGGACUUCCUCCUCUAGAAGCAUCUCUCAACUUGCGGUCUAGCUGAUGAACGCACCCGGGAGGAUGGAAGAGGUGGAGCCUCUUUCCGGGACUGUGGGGCCUUCCCUUUGUCCCACUUUGGUCGGAACUUCUUUAAAGUCAAUCGAUCCGUUGUUUUGAUGCAGUUUGAAUUUUCAACGUUCUAAAGUAAGAGCACAAGUAAAUCCAAAGUGAUUGGUCACAUGUCAGAGUCAUUCUUCAACUGCUACGGAUGGUAACGAUAGUGAAAGAUAAGUCCACUAAUUAAACUACCAAUUCUAACGUCCUUGAUGCCAUUUUCCACAACAACUUCGAUUAUUUUAUACCAAAUUGUAUAUAAAAUAUAUAUAAUUUUCCUUGAUAUCUAGCCAUACUGAAAGUGAGAGCCCUGCAAAUAUGCAUUUGGGCACUCUCUACCAAAGUUGUAAGUUGAAUUAAAAAAUUGACUAGAAAGACUGUUAGAGGUCGUCAUAAUCCGGGAUUUUGUAAUAGGGUACUUUCAAAUUAACUCUUGUAGUGAAGUCCUGCAGAAGAAAGAAAAUCAAUAUCGCCAAAAACCUUCAAUUUGCCUAAAGAAAAGGAAGGAAAUGGAUACCUGGUCGAGCUUAGGGAAGCUGUUAACUUUGGUGCUGGUGUUGGUGUCCUACCACUUUGCGGCUCGCAAUUCCGGUCUUGUCCUUGAUGUCCUCAUCUUGCUCCUCUGCUCCCUCGGCCUCAUCUUUCGCCAAAUGAAUGUCUCAGCCCCGGAUAAAGCCUCGUCGUCCUCCUCCUCCUCGCCCAGAUCCUCAUCGUCCUCCUCCACCUCCUCGCCCUCAUCGUCCUCCUCUGCCUCCUUGUCCUCGUCCUCCUUCUCAAAAGGUUCGCUCUACGAUGUGUUCAUAAGCUUCAGAGGCGAAGACACACGUAAAAACUUCACAGGCCACCUCUAUGAAGCAUUAACAAAGGCCGGAAUCAAUGCUUUUAUUGACGACGAAGAACUAAAAAAGGGAGAAGAAUUAACAACCGAAUUUGAGCGGGCAAUCCAAGGUUCUAAGAUCUCUAUCAUCGUCUUCUCUAGACAGUAUGCGAACUCCAGCUGGUGCCUUGAGGAGCUGCUUAAGAUCAUGGAGUGUAGAAGAACGCUGGGGCAGUUAGUUUUGCCGAUAUUCUAUGACAUUGAUCCUUCGCAUGUCAGGAAACAGACUGGCAGUUUUGGACAAUCGUUUCAGGACCAUAUAGAUGAAAAGAAGGUAGAGAGUUGUAAGGUAGAGAGGUGGAGAACUGCUCUUACUAAAGCUUCGAAUUUGUCUGGUUGGGAUCUCCAAAACACUUUGGACGGGCAUGAAGCAAAGUUUAUCAGGAUGAUUACUGAGGAAGUCACUAGGAAGCUGAACAACACAUACUUAGACGUAGCGCCCUACCAAGUCGGAAUAGAUUCUCGAGUACAAGAUAUCAGUAAUUAUUUAUGCAUUGGAGAUUCAGAUGAUGUUCGGGUGAUUGGAAUUUUGGGUAUGGGUGGAAUAGGUAAAACAACGCUUGCUAAAGCCAUUUAUAAUCAAUUUUCUGACAGGUUUCAAGGUAAAAGUUUCCUUGAAAAAGUGAGGGAAAAGAAACUAGAAAAAUUGCAAAAACAACUUCUUUCUGAUAUCUUGCAAACCACCAAGACAAAAGUAAGCAGUGUUGCUGCAGGGACCACCUUGGUAGGGGAAAGAUUUCGACGCUUAAAGGUACUUGUCAUAUUUGAUGAUGUAGACAAUGUGAAGCAGCUACACGAAUUAGCUAGAAAUCGCCACUCUUUUGGCCCGGGGAGCAGAAUUAUCAUCACAACAAGAAACGAACAUGUGCUAAAAGAAUUUGCAGUUGAUAUGGUAUAUCCAGCGAUAGAAAUGAAACGAGAAGAAGCUCUUGAGCUCCUAAGUUGGCAUGCUUUCAGAAGUAGUUGUUGUCCUAGUCAAUAUCUCGAGCUCGCAAGAGAAGUUGUCAAGUACUGUGGAGGAGUGCCAUUGGCUCUUCAAGUUUUAGAUUCUAACCUGUUCAACCGAAGCAUAGGAGAUUGGAAAAGUACAUUGGAUAAAUUGAAAGAAAUUCCUCUUGAUAACAUUCAGGAACAGCUGAAAAUAAGUUACGAAGGGUUGAAUGAUGACUAUGAGAGGGAGAUAUUCUGUGAUAUAUCUUGUUUCUUUAUUGGAAUGGAUAAGAAUGAUGUCAUGCAAAUCUUGGAUGGUUGUGGAUUUUAUGCAACAGCAGGAAUCAAGGUCCUCCUUGACCGGUGCCUUGUAACUGUUAACACAAAAAACAAGAUAAUGAUGCAUGAUUUGCUUCGGGAUAUGGGCAGAGAUAUCGUGCGUGCAGAAAAUUCUAAAUUCCCAAAAGAACGCAGUAGAUUGUGGCGUCCUGAAGAUGUAAAAGCUGUAUUGAUAGACAAAUCUCAGGGAACUGAAAAAAUUGAAGGGCUAGCGUUGGAUUUGCCAAGUGUUGAAGAGAUUAGUUUCAGUACUGAGGCAUUUACAAAUAUGAAGAGCCUCAGAUUGCUCCAACUCAAGUAUGUUCGGCUCACUGGGGGAUACCAAUGUCUUUCCAAAAAAUUAAGAUGGCUGUGCUAUCGUGGAUUCCCGUUGGAGUUCAUACCGAAAGACCUGUGUCAACCAAACUUGGUCGCUAUUGACAUGCGGUACAGCAGCCUCAAACAAGUUCUUUGUGAGGAUUCUGGGUUGCUUGAUAAGUUGAAGAUUCUGAAUCUCAGCCAUUCCCACGAUCUAACACAAUCGCCAGACUUCUCAAGACUCCCAAAUCUUGAGAAAUUGAUACUCAAGGACUGUAAGAGGUUGACUAAGGUUCACAAGUCCAUCGGAGAUCUCAAGAGUCUUGUGUUGGUGAAUUUGAAAGACUGUGAAACGCUUAAGGCUCUCCCGAGGAGUUUCUACAAGUCAAAAUCUGUCAAAACUCUUGUUCUUCAUGGUUGUUCAAGAUUCCAAAUCUUGUCUGAGCACUUGGGAAAAAUGGCAUCAUUGAUCACUCUUCUUGUAGAUGGGACGGCCAUAAAAGAAGUACCACCUUCCAUCGUACAACUGGAGAAGCUCGAGCGCUUAUCUUUGAGUUGCUUGAAGUGUUUUUUGCAGCUACCUUCCUUACAGGGCUUACGCUCUUUAACAGAAUUAAAUUUGGAAAAGAGCAAUUUCAUGGAAGUGCCUAAUGAUUUUGGGAGUGGUCUACCUUGUUUAGUGAACUUAAAUCUAAGCUGCAAUGAUUUUCAUAGCCUUCCAAGCCUCACUGGCAUCUCCAAGCUUGGUCAACUAUUAUUGAAUGGUUGCAGAAACCUUGUUGAGAUCCCAGAUUUACCGCAAAGUUUGUAUCUCCUGGACAUAUACAAAUGCCCUGCAGUAGAAAGAAUGCCAGAUUUUUCAGGUAUGUCGGCGCACAUGGUUCUCUCUUCCCCCAAACUAAUUGAGUUUCCAGGCUUGGAUAGCGCGUUAAACUCGGGCCUUAUACUUCAUAUGCCAGUACACAACAAUCUCACAGAUUACCUUCUUAAGGAUAGCACGCUACAGGGAUGGACAGGACGUGGACACAUAACUCUUGCAGGAAGACAAAUUCCCACUUGGUUCAAUCAUGUCAACGAGGGUGCCCAAGUCUCUUUCGAAGUGCCUAAGGAAAUUGGUCGUAAUCCAAAAGCGUUGGCUGUGUGCAUGGCUUAUUGUUCUUUUAUUGAUGUCGACAGCGUGUUUUUUGGUUCUUGUUUCAUUUGUGUUAUUAAUCACACCAAGCGUACUAGUUUUUUUGUCGACCUAAUGAGCCCACCAGCUUGCGGUGGAGACUAUCUUUGGCUGGGACAUUUACCGUUAUGGGAAGAUAAGUUCAAUUUCGAAGAAGGCGAUUCGGUCCUUGUUAUUGCAAAGAUUCUACGUAGUGAUCAGUUCAUGGUGAAGAAAACAGGGGAACGUUUACGUAGCGAGUUCAUGGUGAAGAAAACAGGGGUACGUUUAGUGUGUGACAAGACUUUCGAAGGUCGUUCGUACUAUCGUUACUAUCCUAUCCCUUACGAUAGGGCCUUAGAAGAAAUUCCCACCGAAAAUGAUGAUGAUUUUCAUGAGGAUUAUGAAAAUGAUGAUGAGGAUGAUAGUGAGGAUGACGCCGACGACGAUACUAAUGACGAGGGUGGUGACAACCAUCAUGAUGACGACGACCACGAUGACCAUGUAAGCUAGGAAAUUUCCUGGUUUAAUCAGCUAGUUUGCAGAUGCAGUUUGUCUUUUUGGUUAGGAGACUUCCUGCUUGAUCUGUUUUUAAUUUGUUCUCUCUGUUUGAACUUUCUUGUUUCUGUGGUGGUUUGAUUUUCCUUAUUAAUGCACUUUUAAGGAUUUACCUACA